AGCAGCAGACGCUCAGUGCUGCUCUGAGUGUGCGGAGCGGAGGAGGAGGACCGGCGGGUAUACAGGGCUGUAGUUAUGCCUCAGCUCCGGGAUUAUAUAUCUCCCCAGCUCGUUCACUCUUUUCCAGGCUCGCUUUUUCGCUUUCCAGUCCACUUUUACCUGCCACCUUUCUUUUGGAGACGGGAAUAAGGAGAGCCGGCCGUGCGUCAUGGUGCGUCUUAGCGCAUUAUUUCUGGAUCUUUGAGAAAAAAAAAGACAAAAAAGUGAUUUAUUUUGCCUGGACUAAAAUGUCGCGCUUUCUCUGUGUGGGGGAGAAGAGAGGCAGCGUUUCGCAGCCCGCGUCUCUCUGUGAAUAUUUGGCUGCAGCUGCUGGUGAUCUGCGUGAAGCCUCUGAAUAAAUCGGCGCUCUCUGUAAGGAAAAGGGGUUGCAGCAAGCGGCUUUUUCUCUCCCCCCCCCCUGAGUCUCCUCUGCCUCUGACAAUGUGCCAAGUCUAUUCACCACAUAGCUGAUUUGUCAUGGUUUCGCCUUUUUUAUUUUUCAUGAUUGAUUUUUUUUUCGGGAGGGAUUUUGGAAUUUUUUUGGAUUCAAAGCGAAGGUCAAUAGAGAGAUUUGCGCAUCUCCCUUGCGUCACGCUCCCAUUUUAACACCAAAUAAAUAACGGUGUUGCGCCAGUUUUCUUUUUUUUGGGGGGCGCCUGUGUGCUUGUGCGUGUGUGAGUGUGUGUCUGUGAGAGUGUGAGCGCGUCUUCCUCUUUUUUUUUUUUUUCCUCUCCCAAGAGCGAGAAAGUCAUCCUCUGAUGUGUUUUUCUUUCCACACAAGGCUCACGCUGCAAAGUUAAAUGCUGGAUCUAUAUUUCAGCGACCAUUUUUGGCUGUAAAAAUGCUGAGCGGCGUCCUCUUUUUGAGCGUCCUUACGGUCACAAGCCUGACACCUUCCGAGACGCAGAGCCGCAAAACUUCAGCCUCCAAAGAAAUCUGCAAGAAUCGCUGCACCUGCGAGGAGAGGGAGAAUAUUCUCAACAUCAACUGUGAGAAUAAAGGAUUUACCACAGUCAGUCAGUUCUUGGCGCCCCCUAAUAAAAUCUCCCAGCUUUUUCUAAACGGAAACUUCCUGUCACGGCUCGGCGCCAAUGAGUUUGUCAAUUAUGGCAAUGUCACUUCACUGCAUCUUGGGAAUAAUGGCUUGCAGGAGAUCAAAACUGGCGCUUUCAACGGGCUCCGCUUUCUAAAGCGGCUCCACUUGAACAAUAACAACCUGGAGGUGAUUAAAGAGGACACAUUUGCAGGACUGGAGAGUUUGGAGUAUUUACAGGCAGACUAUAAUUAUAUCAGUGCCAUAGAGCCCGGUGCUUUCAGUAAGCUCAAUAAGCUAAAAGUGCUGAUCUUAAAUGACAACCUGCUGUUAUCUUUGCCUCCCAACAUUUUUCGCUUUGUGCUGCUCACACACUUGGAUUUACGUGGCAACCGGCUCAAAAUGCUGCCGUUUGCUGGGGUGUUAGAGCACAUAGGCGGCAUCAUGGAGAUCCAGCUGGAGGAGAACCCGUGGAACUGCACCUGUGAUCUGAUCCCCCUCAAAUCCUGGCUGGACACUAUCUCUGUGUUUGUGGGGGACAUAGUGUGCGAGACGCCGUUCAGGCUGCAUGGGAAAGACAUCACCCAGCUCAUAAAGCAGGAUCUGUGCCCACGCAGGAAUGCUGGUGAGCGGGUUCAACCCCCCUCUGACUCUCACUUUCAAGGGGCCCUGCCCCCGACCUACCACCCCGGCGGGAUCACCCCCACUCGAGCCCCAAAAGCUUCACGGCCACCUAAGAUGCGAUACAGGCCCACUCCUCGCAUCUCAAAGGACAAACACGUCUUCGGGCCCAUCAUGGUUUACCAGACACGCUCCCCUGUGCCCAUGUUGUGUCCAAGUGUGUGCGUGUGCACAUCACAAAACCCUGACAGUGGACUCAACAUCAAUUGCCAAGAGCGGAAGCUGCACAACAUCAGUGAGCUGAACCCCAAGCCCUCCUACCCCAAAAAACUCCACCUGACCGGUAACUACUUACAAGUGAUUUACAGGACUGAUCUGACUGAAUACAGCUCACUGGAGCUGCUUCAUUUAGGAAACAACAGGAUAGCAGUGAUUCAGGAAGGGGCCUUUGAGAACCUCACCAACCUCAGACGGCUCUAUCUGAAUGGGAAUUACAUUGAAUCUCUUUCUCAGUCACUCUUUGCUGGACUGCAGUCGCUGCAGUAUCUGUAUUUGGAAUACAACAUCAUCAAAGAUAUUUUGCCACAAACCUUUAACGCUUUGCACAACCUGCAGCUGCUCUUUCUCAACAACAACCUUUUACGCUCGCUCCCUGACAACGUGUUCGGUGGCACGAUGCUUACAAGACUCAACCUGCGGAAUAAUCACUUCUCCUACCUUCCUGUGCGAGGGGUCCUGGACCAGCUGUCGGCGUUCAUCCAGAUCGAUCUGCAGGAGAACCCCUGGGACUGCACCUGUGACAUUGUGGCACUCAAAAACUGGAUGGAGCUGUCCAGCACCAGCGUGGUGGUUAAUGAAAUCACUUGCGAUUCCCCCUCUAAACACGCAGGUCGCCUCCUGCGCUCACUCCGCAACGAGGCCAUCUGCCCCGAGCCGAGUGAGGUGCCCACUCCACAACAUGCCCCCCCAACAAAAGCCCCCACGUUACUAAGCCCCGGCACAGAGGCCUCCACACCCACCUCCCCCUCCUCUGUUUCUCCUUCUUCUUUUAGCUCAGUCAGCCCCACUGAAUCCCGACUCCACACUCCUGAGUUGCACCCCGAGGUUCCUCUCUCAGUCCUGAUACUCGGGCUUCUGGUGGUUUUCAUCCUUUCCGUCUGCUUCGGCGCCGGUCUCUUUGUUUUCGUUCUGAAGCGGCGCAAAGGAGUGGAACAUGUCCCCACAGGCGCCAACAACUUAGAUCUAAACUCUUUCCAAGUGCAAUAUGGCUCCUACACCCCCGAACCCACCCAAGACAAAUCCUCUGAAAGCCACGUUUAUAACUACAUCCCCCCACCUGUGGGCUCCAUGUGCCAAAACCCCAUUUAUAUGCAGAAGGAUGGGGAACAGGUGGCGUAUUACCGCAACCUGAAGGAGCUCAGCUUUGGCCCCCUGGAUGCGAAAAAGGAUGAGGCUCACAUCCGCAGCCCAGGGGCCUACACCAUCAGCACAAUGGAUUUUAUGGAUAAAUCUCCGACAUCAUGCGGUUUGACCACGCCGGACCCCCCUGAGAUGCUGUAUCAGAAUUUAGGGGAGAGGCCCAAUAAGGAGCUUCCUGCAGCUGCAGGCGCUCCCCCUUUCCAUUACAACUUUUGCACCUUACCUAAGAGACCUUGUAUCGUGCCCCCCUAUGAGGUCGCUACAGCCCGGCGGCACAUCACCAACCAGGACAGGUUGAAUAAAACCGUGCUGUACGGGACCCCCAGGAAAUACUUUGGGGCUGACAACCCUUGCAAAAACAAUGAGCACCCGCUGCUGCUCCACGGGAAGCUAAAAACAGAACCAGACUACCUGGAGGUUCUGGAGAAACAGACUGCGAUGAGCCAAUUGUAAGAUAGCGACAAUUCCCCCUCCCCUUCCUCCCAGGUUCUGUGCAGCAUUCAUAAUAAUCACGCAGUUACUGUAAUAAUAGCCCUCUCUAUAUAUCUAUCUUAUCUAUCUGUGUUCAAUCUUACAUGAUUGAUGGAAGCGAACCGAAGUCUUUGAUGAUUUUUCUUCCUUUUUUCUUCUCUUUUUUUUUCUCGAUUUUAAAGCUGUAUAAAUGGAGUAUAAGAAGUAUAUUAUUAUGCAGUUCUAUUUUUCCCCUGGAAGGUUUAAAUUAUUUCUUCUAUUUUGGAAAAAUGAAACUCUCAAAGACUUUUGACGACGGCAGGUAUACCAUGGGCAGGACUGUGUACAAAUACGGCUUUGUGCUUUUCAUAAAACUGUAUUCUAAUCCCCUGUGAGAAAAAAAAAAGGAUCAAGUCUGAAUAAUGAUUCUUUGUAGAAGAGGAAAUGUUCCGGAUCGACAUUCCUGUACAUAGUAAGCAUACACAGAUAAAUGGUGAGUGUUAAACCAUCAAAGGGAAACCUUUUUCAGAUUCCAACAAGCGGCAAAAUCGUACUAUACUUAACUCCAGAAAGUGCCUUUGCACUCGACUAUUUUAUCAACAAUGCUCUCGCAACAUGGAAAUGUUCCUUCUUUUUCUUUUUUUUUUUGAAAGUGCUGUAUUUUAAGGAAUCAAAUCUUUAUGUAAAAUAGAAGACUUAUUUGUCUGUUUAAAAAGAAAAAAAAUGACAAAAAAAAAAAGAGACUGGUUGUGAAAUGAUCAAUGAGUUGUUGACAGGGAGAAUCAUGUUAUUUUGCUUUCCAUAUGAAGUGUCUUUGGAGAUGUACAACUUCUAGAGAAUAUUGUGUAUGCUAUGGGGGGGGAGCAAUACAGCGCAGGCGGAGAUGCGCCAUUAAACUUUCACUGAAGCACUUUGUCAAGAUCCUGA